UCUGUGGAUCCGUAGAAGAAAGUGGGGGAAGUAAAACGUGUAUCAGUAACAGCUGAGCUGGCUGAUGUGAGAAGCGUAUUUCGUUGUACGUGGUUUACAGUAGAACUGUAGGUCUCUGGGAUGGAGAAUGACAUUAUAGUCUCUCUCGAAGACUUAGGGUACCAAGGCAGUCUUUUGGAGGAGGGAGCUCUAGAUUCUGCUGUGAGCGAAGGAGCAGCAUCACCUGAGUUUACUAAGCUUUGUGCCUGGCUUGUCUCAGAGCUUAGACUCUACUGCAAGUUGGAGGAGAAUGUCCAUGCCACUAACAGUCCAAGUGAGGCGGAGGGCUUCCAGCUGGAGAUGAGUGGUCUUUUGUCCGAGCUGGCCUGUCCUUACUCUGUCCUCACCAGUGGAAACAUCGGCCAGAGGCUUCUCAAUCGCACGGACUGUCUCCUGCUCCUGACCUUUCUGCUGUCUGAGUUGGAGGCGUCAAGGAUGAUCUUGGUGAACAAACCUCAGAAGAAAGGCCAGGAGUCGGGCAGCCCCGUGUUCCAGGAACUGAAAGGCAUCUGCGUGGCACUGGGCAUGUCCAAGCCUCCUUCUAACAUCACCAUGUUCCAGUUCUUCAGUGGAAUAGAGAAGAAGCUGAAAGAAGCCAUGAGUCGAGUCCCACCAAAUCAUGUAGGCGAGCCGUUGAUGAAGAAGGCCCUGGGUCCUUUGCACAUGGAAAAAAUUGAAGCUAUAAACCAGGCACUAGUGAAUGAGUACGAAGUCAGAAGAAAGAUGUUACUGAAGCGCCUGGAUGUGACAGUGCAGUCUUUUGCUUGGUCUGAAAGAGCAAAGUCACAUGGUGAAAAGUUGUCCAAAGUUUACCAGCCUUUGCGUUCGACACUCCACACCACAAGUAUUAUUUCCGUUGCUCAUCUUCUGGCUGCUCGACAAGACUUCUCCAAGAUCCUACGUACAAGCAGCGGCAAAAUAAGAGAGAAAACUGCAUGUGCUAUUAAUAAGGUACGAAUGGGCCGAGUGCCAGACAGGGGAGGCCGACCCUGCGAGAUUGAGGCUCCUCCACCAGAGAUGCCCUCUUGGCAAAAGCGUCAAGAUGCUCCACAGGGCGGAGCAUACUACGGUGGGGGCGGGCAUGCAGGUGGCAGGGGGGGCUACGAUCACCACUCCCAAGGUGGCCGUGGAGGCUAUGAGAGAGGACACGGAGACAGGGGUGGAAGAGGAGGUGGUGGCAGAGGGGGGAAGGUGCAGGGAGGCUGGGUAGAAGGAAGUGGAGGAGGUGGGAGAGGUGGUUACAACCAGGGCUACUAUCAGGAUGCAGGAGGGCAUCAUGGGGAAGGAGGGAGAGGGGGUUACGGAGGAGGAGGGCGCAACCAAGGGGGCUUCCAGGACCCUGGGUAUCAUGGAGGAGGAGGAGGUGGUAGUUACCACGACAAUUACCAUCAAGACGGAGGCUGGGAGAGAGGCGGGGGUCGAGGAGGUCGAGGGGCCAGGGGUAGGGGAGGCCGCGGUGGAGGAGGAGGAGGAGGAGGAUGGGGAGGGAGAGGAGGCUCAAGUUUUAACCAAGGAGGACAGUUUGAACAGUUCUUCCAACAGGGGGGACAGCACUUCAACCAAGCUGGCUUCAAUCAAGGCAGACAGUAUACUAGUUGAAACCAGAGUGGUGCAUUUCAGCGGAGUCCACUCUAAGAUGGAUUCCUCAUCAUGUGUGAAUGGAUUUAAAAUAGAUUUAAAAUGCCUUAUCUUCCAGUGUUUCGUUUUCAGCAUGGUUAAAAAAGUGCACUCUAGGCUGUUCUGGAAAGGAAAUAUCUUUGCGGCAGAGAGGGAUCACGCUUUGCCAUCCAACUUGAUGUGUCUCUGUUUUCUGAGCGUUCUUAUUGGAAAUGUAAAAAGCCAACAGCUGGCCAAAAAAAGCCAACUGCGCUGUUCUGACCUCAUUGUUCCACCCAAUUAGCCUUACAUUGGACAUUUCUUUGAAAGACAAAAAGGGUUCCUAAUAUUUUGAUGCUGGAGCUCCAUCUCUGUUAAUAACAUACAGUAAGUGAUCAUCAUUAUUACUUUUAGAAUUCCUUUAAUUUGACAAUUGCCUCUUCUUUCCAGCCUUUAUUUUUGUUGCAUUCGAUUUCACUGGAAUCUCCUUUGUUAUUUACAUUAAAGAUGUCAUCCUGUACAAUGGACAAUGGUGUGAAUAUUUGGAUGUUGGAAGAUUUGCAUGAAUGUGUAAAUAAGCAAUAAAAUCUCAAAUGAGGAUGUUGAA